AUGCUUUCUCAUCGCCGAGUCGGCCUGCGACUGGCCUUAGUGGCGCUCUCGCUGCUGCUCCUUUCCAUCACCAUGCUGCAGAUUGCCCGCUGCCGCCCGAUGGAUGAUGGGUCGAUGGUCGGUGCCACCUCUGAAGCUCUCGAGGCUCUCUAUCGCGCCCUGGACCAGGAAGAGGCCGAGUCACUCGGCACCGUCGCCCACUCCUUCCAGCCUCACAGCCAAGUCGAGCCCUUUGGGCCCAUCCCACGCUUCGUUCAUCCUACCGCAUUCACCACGAUGAACGCCGUCAUCGGCUACGAGGACCUGGAAAAGGCCAGCGUCGAGGAGCGAAACCUCGUCCUGCAAAAGUACACCGAUGACUUCGUGUAUGGCCCCGCUUCUGGCAUCCACUGGGACGAGGCUGCCAACGAGUUCGUUCCCUUCCGCUUCCGCGACGACGUCAGGAUCAAGCGCCACACCGAAUUCUUGAUCCGCAGGCGCGGAACCGACCUCACGAAGCCGGCCAGGCCGGGACCUCUGCUCGAGUACAUUGUCAACAACUUCCUCGUACGCUACAUUCCCGAUCUCGCGAGUUCCAACGCGCAGUUCAAGGCGUACUAUGUCAUUGCCGUGCCGCUCGACGAGGUCAUGAGGCCGAGGAACUCGAAUGGAGCCCCCAUCCUGUACGGAAGGAUCAAGGAAGUCGGCGAGCUAGAAGUCCCGACGGGGCGCCGCCGGCGCGCCUAG